GUUUUGGUGUUGCGAAAUUUCAGGAAUCCUGCAGCAAGGGGCCCGAGCGGCCCAAAGUCACCCAGAUGUGCUCCUUUGGCACGCCGAAGCCUACCUAGAAGGUGCUAACGCUUAAAUCCGGGCAGGCGGUCUUGGCGACAAGUCUGCCAUCGCGACCGUCAGGCAACAGCACCGCAAAGUCCGCCACAGCUUCGCAACUCAAAGAAUGUCAAUUAUUUUAUGAGGUGGCCAGGUAACACAGGCGACGGAGGGAAGGACAGAGCAGCAAUCAGUCGGAUUUUUCCUCCCCCUUCACCUUGCUCAACCACACCACACCUGCCGCCAUGGCCCCGGAUAUCCCCGUCCUGACCGUGCUCGACGCGGCCGCCUGGUCCAGAUGGCUCGCGUCGGCCGGCCGCUCCUCCAGCGGCGUCUGGCUCACCCUGGCCAAGAAGAAUGUUAGCAAGCCGACGUCCCUGACCUACGCCGCGGCGCUCGAUGAAGCGCUCUGCCACGGAUGGAUCGACGGCCAGCGCCGCGGCGGCGACGACAAGACCUUUAGCCAGCGCUUCACCCCGCGCACGACAAAGAGCACCUGGUCGCAGCGCAACGUGGCCCAUAUUGCGCGGCUCGAGGCGCAGGGCCGCAUUCAGGAACAGGGUCAAUUGGCCAUCAAUGCGGCAAAGGCUGAUGGGCGGUGGGACGCCGCGUACGCCGGGUCGGCCGAUGCGGAGCUACCGAGGGAAUUUCUGGAAGCUGUCGCGGCGGUGCCGGCGGCCCAGAGAGCUCUUGAUGAAAUCUCAAAGCAGGAGCGGUAUGCAAUCUACCACCGCCUCGUGAUGCUAAAGACGGCGGCCGGUAGGGAGAAGCGGAUCGCGGCGUUUGUGGAGGCGCUGGCGGGCGAGGGCGAGGACGAGGACGAUGCUGUGCCGGCGGCUGUACCCAAAAAAUUGGCAAAGGCGCCGCCAAACCCGCAAGAGAAGGUCUUGAAGAAAGCGAAGAAGGAAGGCUCGCAAGAAGGCCAAACGAGGAAGAGGAAAGCAAGCACAGCCCUCGCCGCAGAGGUGCCGGGUUCGCGGAGGUCAAGCAGGUUGGCGGCAGGGUCCGGGAACUUUGCCUAAGCUAAUUGGCGGCUGGUCUUACCUUCCACUGCCUUCCGUUUCUUGAAAGAUGCAUAGCAGUGAAUCACAGGUAGUGUUGACAGGUGGGGUUUUGUAAUGUUUCGGGAAGCGCCUCCAAUGCCUCUAAUACCUCUAACGAAUAGUCUUCAAUGGAAGGCACAGUCGACGUGUGUGCUGGACCUUUUAUAAGUCCAGCUCAUCCAAGUGUUGCGGGACCCAGGAACUUGGAAGGGCCAUUGGUCUACUUAGAUGUCGCGCCAUGCACUCAGAGUCGCAGUUCCCGGUGACAGCGAUGAGCUGAAUUCUUGAAAACAAGCAAUCUCGAAUUGAAUGAUAGAGAGGAAAUGCCAAAGUCCGUUCAGAUGUCC